AUGGAAUCAAAUGAUGGAGAUAAGAUAUCAACAGAUCAAUAUGGAAGAAAGAAAUGGAAUAUAAAAAUCUAUGAACAAGAAGCAAAACGAAAACCAAAAAAGGAAGACAAUUUGGACUCAAAAUAUCUACUCAGUAAUGAUUCAUCAAAUGGUUAUCUUAAUCAUCGAAAUAGACUACUUAAUGAAACGUUGAACAAAGUCAAGAAGUACAAUUUAAUUAACCCUGAACUAUCACUCAGUAAUAAACGAUUUGGUUUUUAUUGUCCGAUUUGUGAAUUAACAUUCAAGGAUAAUCUCAAAUUAAUAGAUCAUUUAAAUUCACCCCAACAUGUUCAAAAAUCUACCCAACUAAACAAAAAAGAUGGAGAUGAUACAGACUUGUUAGAUGGUGGGAUACGACGUGCUAGUUUGAAUGAAGUAAUCCGAACUAUUGAAAAAUUAAUUGCUAAAAAUAUAAAAGAAAAGGAAAAUGGAGAGUUGGGUAAUUCUGAGGGCUUGUCUUUUCAUGAACGGGUUCAGAGACGGGUUGAGUUUGAGAAUAACAAAAGGCAAAAACGACAGGAGAAGAGACAGUUGAAUAAAUUAAAAAAGAAGAAAUUGGAUGCUGUUGAUGGUGGUGAUGAUGUUCAUGAAAUGAUGGGUUUUAAAUCAUUCGGAUCAACUAAGAAAUGA